AUGGCGGGGACUGAAGCCAAAGCCAAAACAUCCGAUUCCAAGCCUGCAAAGCAGCAACAAGGUGGGGGGAAGAAGAAGGAGGUGAAGAAAGAGACUAGGUUAGGGCUCACGCAUCGGAAAGCUGAAAACUUUGGAGAGUGGUAUUCUGAUGUUGUUGUUAAUGCGGAAAUGAUUGAGUAUUAUGAUAUUUCUGGCUGCUAUAUUCUGAGGCCUUGGUCAAUGGCCAUAUGGGAGAUAAUGCAAGCUUUUUUCGAUCCAGAAAUUAAGAAAAUGAAGAUCAAGAACUGCUACUUCCCUUUGUUUGUGUCUCCUGGAGUUCUGCAAAAGGAGAAGGACCAUGUUAAGGGAUUUGCUCCAGAGGUUGCUUGGGUGACUAAGUCUGGGGAAUCUGAGUUAGAAAUUCCUAUUGCUAUUCGCCCAACUAGUGAAACCGUUAUGUACCCCUACUACUCCAAGUGGAUUAGGGGGCAUCGUGACUUGCCACUGAAACUCAAUCAGUGGUGCAAUAUUGUUAGAUGGGAGUUCAGCAACCCCACACCAUUCAUCAGGAGUCGUGAGUUUCUUUGGCAGGAAGGACACACUGCUUUUGCAACCAAGGAGGAAGCAGAUGCAGAGGUUCUUGAGAUUUUAGAAUUAUAUAGGCGUAUUUAUGAAGAGUAUUUGGCAGUUCCUGUCAUAAAGGGUAAGAAAAGUGAGCUUGAGAAGUUUGCUGGUGGACUUUACACUACCAGUGUUGAGGCAUUUAUUCCAAACACAGGUCGUGGUGUACAAGGAGCAACUUCUCAUUUUCUGGGCCAAAAUUUUGCUAAAAUGUUUGAGAUUAACUUUGAAAAUGAGAAGGGAGAGAAAGCAAUGGUCUGGCAAAACUCAUGGGCCUAUAGUACUCGAACGAUUGGGGUGAUGGUUAUGGUUCAUGGUGAUGACAAGGGAUUAGUGCUACCUCCUAAAGUAGCGUCACUUCAAGUCAUAGUGAUUCCUGUGCCUUUCAAAGAUGCUAAUACUCAAGGAAUCUAUGAUGCCUGUGCUGCAACUGUGAAUACAUUAUGUGAAGCAGGUAUUCGUGCUGAGUCAGAUACUAGAGAUAACUAUUCUCCUGGGUGGAAGUAUUCUCACUGGGAAAUGAAAGGCGUUCCUCUAAGAAUUGAAAUUGGGCCAAAGGAUUUGGCAAAUAAGCAGGUUCGUGCUGUUCGUCGUGAUAAUGGAGCAAAGAUAGACAUUGCUAAUGCAGAUUUGGUUGAGGAAUUGAAGAAGUUGCUGGAUAAUAUUCAGCAGAAUCUUUUUGAUGUUGCCAAACAAAAACGAGAUGAAUGUAUUCAGAUCAUACAUACAUGGGAUGAGUUUAUACAAGCUUUGAAUGAAAGAAAGAUGAUCUUUGCACCUUGGUGUGAUGAGAAGUCUCAGCUUUUAUUUCUACUUGUUUGGCUAUCUGAUUGUGGUCAAUUAUGA